UCACACAGCGCCAUUACCUCAUAAUUCACUCUCCACCAAUCCUUCUUCUCUCUCUCUCUCUCUCUCUCUCUCCCUGUCUCCCUCGCAAUUUACAGCAUUCAAUUUCAGGGUCUUCUUCUUUCUCCCCCUUCUCCCUCCGCCAUUGACGGCGGUCGGAGCUAAGUGGGUUGAUUGGUUAUGUCUGUCGCAACGCCGAGGUCUUUUACAGAGGUGUUUCGGAGGGUGGGAGGGCAUUAUCAAUGGAGUAGUAGCUAUAAAAUUUGUGGGAAUGAUGACGAUGGGACUUUGGAAAUGGUUCAGAUUGGAGCCGAGAGGACGAAGAAUGUACUUAUUUUGAUGAGUGAUACUGGCGGCGGCCAUAGGGCCUCGGCGGAAGCCAUUCGUGAUGCGUUUCGUAUUGAGUUUGGCGAUGAGUAUCAGAUCUUUGUGAAGGAUGUUUGGAAAGAGUACACUGGUUGGCCUUUGAAUGACAUGGAGAGGUCUUACAAGUUCAUGGUAAAGCAUGUUCAGCUAUGGAAGGUUGCAUUUCAUAGUACCUCUCCUCGGUGGAUUCACUCGGUCUAUCUUGCUGCCAUUGCCGCCUUCUAUGCAAAGGAAGUGGAAGCUGGGCUGAUGGAGUACAAGCCAGACAUUAUCAUCAGUGUUCAUCCACUGAUGCAGCACAUUCCAUUAUGGGUUCUGAAAUGGCAAGGCCUUCAGAAGAAAGUGGUAUUUGUUACAGUCAUAACAGACCUAAACACCUGCCAUCCAACAUGGUUUCAUCCUGGUGUAAACAGAUGCUACUGCCCCUCAGAGGCCGUAGCCAAGAGAGCCUUGCUCGACGGCAUCGAAGAGUCCCAAGUUCGUGUCUAUGGCCUACCCAUCAGGCCGUCCUUCGCUCGAGCAGUACUCCAGAAGGAUCAACUAAGAGAAGAACUCGAGAUGGAUCCGGACUUACCAGCCGUGCUACUCAUGGGAGGAGGUGAAGGGAUGGGUCCUGUAAAGAAAACAGCAAAAGCUCUUGCAGAGUCCCUUUUUGACAAGAACAAUGAGAAGCCUAUAGGGCAGCUUAUUAUCAUUUGUGGAAGAAACAAAGCUUUAGCCUCUUCUCUUGAAGCUUUGGAAUGGAAGAUCCCAGUUAAGCUGAGAGGCUUUGAGAAACAAAUGGAGAAAUGGAUGGGAGCUUGUGACUGUAUAAUAACAAAAGCUGGUCCGGGUACAAUUGCCGAAGCUUUGAUUCGAGGACUUCCAAUUAUUCUAAACGAUUACAUUCCCGGACAAGAAAAAGGAAACGUUCCAUAUGUGGUGGACAAUGGAGCAGGAGUAUUCACGAGAAGUCCGAAAGAAACAGCUAAAAUUGUUGCAGAAUGGUUCAGCACAAAACCAGAACAACUCCACACAAUGUCUCAAAAUGCUCGUAAACUAGCACAACCCGAAGCUGUCUUCGACAUUGUUCGGGACAUCCACGACCUCGCCUGCCAGCGCGGUCCAUUGGCAAACAUCCCGUACAUGUUAAACUCAUCAUUUACAGACUUAAUUUAAAUGGUUUCGUCGACGACAUACUCGGCAUUGCUAAAGCUUAUCCUCCUAGAAUUGUAGAAUUGUCAUGUACAGUUAGCCUCAUCAAAGGAUGUAAUUUUUUCUUAGCAUUUGGAGUUUUAAUUUCUAAGUCAA